UUGAGACAUCGGCUCCAUGUGAAACUGGAUAGCAAGCCUAAAGUUACGACACACACGAGCAGCAAGCACCUAGUCGUCGACGACGACGUAGUACUUCUUGUGCAGCCGUUUCGUCAGGUGCGGUCGGUCCGCGUCGGUCGCGGGCGGCGGCGCGUCGCCGAAGAGUUGCCACAUCGCUUUGGAGUGGCCCGGCACGCGCCGGUCGGGCCGGCCCACCGGCUGGCCACGCCAGUGGAGCGUCCCCCACGCCUUGCCGAGGCGGAUGCUGCCGUCGUCGCGGACCGCUCUCUUAUUAUACUUGAGCUUGGUGAUUUGCCAGAAGCAGUCGGGGCCCGUCCAGGUCGGCUUCGUCACGCGCGCCCCAAUGCCGUAGUUGCGCAGCGGCCAGAGCACUUCCAGCAGGCGGCGGCCGGGGCCGAGGCGGCCCAUCCCUCUAACGCUAUCGCACGUCGGCUAGGCGUAUAGUGCGCUUGCACACCCGCAGUGGUUUCAGGCGCCGCGCAGCUACAGGUCGCAGCGAUCCCAGGCGUGCAGCGCGCAGCGAGUAGACGUCCAGAAGGGGUGCUUGCGCGGUCGCGCAGUGCUGUGAUCGCGUGAGCUGGCUGCUUGGUCGCGC